AUGGCGGAACUGGACACGUUGGACAUCCUGGUCCUGAGCGUCAUCCUGCUGGGAACCGUCGCCUACUUCACAAAGGGCACGCUAUGGGCCAAGCAGAAGGACCCCUACGCCAACCCGGCGUACCUCAACGGCAAUGCCAACCGGGUCGGGCGGACGCGCAACUUCGUCGAGAAGAUGGAGGAGUCGGGCAAGAACUGCAUCAUCUUCUACGGCUCGCAGACCGGCACCGCCGAGGACUACGCCUCUCGCCUGGCAAAGGAGGGCAAGAGCCGCUUCGGCCUCGAGACCAUGGUCGCCGACCUGGAGGACUACGACUUUGACAACCUGGACACGCUGCCCUCGGACAAGAUCGCCUUCUUCGUUCUGGCCACGUAUGGCGAGGGCGAGCCGACUGACAACGCCGUCGAGUUCUACGAGUUCCUCAACGGAGAAGACGUCGCCUUCUCGCAGGGCGGCGGCGCCGAGGACGCUCCUCUCGACAACCUCCACUACGUCGCUUUCGGUCUCGGUAACAACACCUACGAACACUACAACUCCAUGGUCAGAGAUGUCGACAGGCUCCUGACCAAGUAUGGCGCUCAUCGCAUUGGCAACGCUGGUGAAGGCGACGACGGCGCCGGCACCAUGGAGGAGGACUUCUUGGCCUGGAAGGAACCCAUGUGGGCUGCUCUGGCUGCCCACAUGGGCCUGGAGGAGCGCGAGGCUGUCUACGAACCCGUCUUUGGCAUUGUCGAGCGCGAAGGCCUGACUCCGGAGUCCCCCGAGGUCUACCUCGGCGAGCCCAACAAGAUGCACCUCGAGGGCGCCUCCAAGGGUCCCUUCAACGCCCACAACCCGUACAUUGCCCCCAUCGCCCAGUCCUACGAGCUGUUCAAGGUCAAGGACAGGAACUGCAUCCACUUGGACAUCGACAUUAGCGGCUCUACCCUCUCGUACACCACCGGCGACCACAUUGCCAUCUGGCCCACCAACCCCGGUGACGAGGUGGAUCGGUUCCUGCGCAUCACUGGGCUUACCGACAAGCGUCACCAGGUCAUCACCGUCAAGGCUCUCGAGCCCACCGCCAAGGUUCCCUUCCCCACGCCGACCACCUUCGACGCCAUUGUCCGCUACCACUUGGAAAUUGGUGCUCCCGUCUCCCGUCAGUUUGUGUCCACCCUGGCUGCUUUUGCCCCCAACGAGGAAAUCAAGAACGAGAUGACCCGGCUCGGUAGCGACAAGGACUACUUUCACGAGAAGACCGCCUCGCAGCUCCUCAACAUCGCUCGCCUCCUGGAACACGUCAGCAACGGAGAGACUUGGGAUAAGAUCCCCUUCUCUGCUUUCAUCGAAGGCCUGAACAAGCUGCAGCCCCGCUACUACUCCAUCUCGUCCUCGUCUCUCGUCCAGCCCAAGAAGGUCUCCGUCACUGCCGUCGUCGAGUCGUCCAUGGUCAUGGGCCGAAAGGACCCCUUCCGCGGCGUCGCCACCAACUACCUGCUCGCCCUGAAGCAAAAGCAGAACGGAGACCCCGACCCGUCGCCCUUUGGUCUGACCUACGAGCUGCAUGGCCCCCGCAACAAGUACGAUGGCAUUCACGUCCCGGUCCACAUCCGCCACUCCAACUUCAAGCUACCUUCCGACCCCGCCAAGCCCAUCAUCAUGGUCGGGCCUGGAACUGGUGUUGCGCCCUUCCGCGGCUUCGUCCAGGAGCGUGCUCAGCAGGCGCGCGACGGCAUCAACGUCGGUCGUACCAUUUUGUUUUUCGGCUGCCGUAAGAGGACUGAGGAUUUCAUGUACGAACAGGAGUUUGAAGAGUACAAGAAGGCCCUUGGCGACAAGUUCGAGCUGGUCACUGCCUUUUCCCGCGAGACUUCCCAAAAGGUCUACGUCCAGCACCGCCUCAAGGAGCGAUCCGCCGAGAUCGGCGAGCUGCUGGCCCAGAAGGCCUUCUUCUACGUCUGCGGCGACGCCGCCAACAUGGCCCGUGAAGUCAACACCGUUUUGACUCAGAUCAUUGCCGAGAGCCGUGGGGUGUCCGAGGCCAAGGCGGAGGAGAUUGUCAAGAACAUGAGGGCAGCAAACCAGUACCAGGAGGAUGUCUGGUCAUAA